UGCGACCGGAAGAGGUCGAUGUGAUGAGGACCAUUUGAGGCAAACCUGAGAUAGAAAAGAGAAAUUCACGAUUCUGAAAUUCUAUAAACAACAGAAACCAUAAGACAAACGACGCCAGGAGAUAUUCAUUUGUCUUCAACUUUGUAUUUAGGGGAAGAAAAGAGAUACACGAAGUCAUUGGUUGUGGAUGUCACGCUAGAAAAUCAGGCAGAUUUGAGAGGCUGGAGCCCAAACAUGGACAUGGAGAGUUACGAAGACUUCUGCCUGCGGAGCCUGGCCAGACUGCAGACUGAGAGCCAGGGGAAGAGCCAAGGCCAACAGACAGGCUGUGAGCCAACUGGUCCUGUGGAAGCUCUCUCCUUCAUCCACUUCCAUGGAAGGGCUGUGCUCUCACCCUUGCUGAGUGUGGAGCAGCGCAGCGAGAUGUGCCAGUACAGACAGAGGGCUGCCCAGCUUGAGGUGGACAGACAGGCACUACGCAGCAGCAGCCUGCUGACCAGGGUUCAGGACAUCCUGGACAAUGCUCAGGUGGACAGUAAAAUGGAUCUACCAACUCCGCCAUAUUGCCUUUCCCCAAAACCUGAGACAGUGAAUGGCUACACCCUGGUCACAGACUCUCCUGGGCUACCCAGGGGCGCUGGUGUGGUUGGGCUACACAAUACGGAUCGGCCCACCACUCCUCAACCUGAGUCCCCCAUAGUCCUGAAUGGGUACAGGGCAGAGGGGAGAGAGAAGCAGGUAGAGGAGGAGAGGUGGGAGGUAGAGGAGGAGAUGAGGAGGGGAGAGGAGGAGAUAGGGGGCGGUCAGGAUAUGAGUUUCCAGAGCCUUCUGAGGAGGUCGAGGGAGUAUGUGGAGAGAGAGCAGGCCCAGAGGGGGUCAAAAGUCAUCGGCCGGGUCACUUCAACCACCCCACCUGUGGAGAGCCUCUCUGACAAGGAGAACGAGAGCCGCAGUCCUCUGGGAGAGAUGAAACCUGAACAGGGGUACAGCCUGCGCCACAGUCCCCUAAACCCACCUCAGAUCCAGGCCCACAUCCAGCACCAGAGUCAGUAUCCUGCCCAAGCUCAAGCCCAGUACCAGGCUGUGUGUGACCCAUAUGGCUCUCGGUUUAGCUGCCUCUCGUCUGGCCUCCCCGACCCUUACGCCCUCCUGCCCAGCCCUGAACCCAGCAUGAGCCCCCGCCCCCACCGCCGCCGACCACGUCCAGUGUCCACUGGUAACAUCAUGAUCUCCUUCCCCAUUGGUUCGGCUGACCUCAUCCCCAGAGGGCUAGUGGGGAGGCACCAGGAGAGCGCUGUUGUCAUGGCGACAGGGGUGAUGAGGUCACCGGAACGGGGGUCAGGCGUCAGUGACGGUAGCAGUAGUCGUCGUGGCAGCCAGUGUGGCACCAGCCCGGUCCAGGAGAAGAGCUGCAGCCCAGUCAGUACCUCCGGAACUGGUUCACAUGGGCAUCAUGAUGUCAUCAGCUCCGGGUUUCGCCGGCGCUGCCACACCCUAGACAGCCAGCUCCACUCCUCCCAUUCUGCCUCAGGACCUGGCAUGGACCGCAGCCAGGAGAGGCUCCCGCGCUUCAUGGGGGGUGUGCCUCGUUUGGCCCUGAGCCGUAGGAGCCCCGCGGUCCCCCUGAAUCAGUCCUAUGAGGUGGAGAACCCCUCGGCCACGCUGCUAAGGCCCCACGUGAGACCCUUGACCCCUGACCUCUCUCCUUGCCAGAUGAGUCUGGAGCCUGAGGGGCCUCAGGGGCCCCAUGAUGGACGGAUCACACCCAGCUCUUCCUUAGAGGAGCAGGACAGUAAGACAGAGGAGACCCAGCGACGUGUGAGUGCUCUGGAGGAGAUGCAGAGGCGUCUGGAGGAGGAGCAUGCCCUGCAGAUGUCUCUUCUCAUGGCUGAACAGGAGAGAGAACAACAGCGCCUCUGUCAGGAGCUGGAUGAGAAGGGGAUGAGGCUGAGAGAGCAGGGGUGUGGCCGGCUCCUGAGUGGGGACGGUGGUGGCCUCAGCCCUUCCUGCCCUGGCCUUAGCCCCACCCUGAGUGCUACUGAUAGGUCACCUAGACACAGUGUACACAGCAUGGGUUUCUCCUCUCCACUGAGCUCCAGUGCUCCCUCUCCCUCCAUGCAGCCUCCUGUCUACCUGUGGGGGCCCACCUGGGGGGCCAGCAAGCCCCGGGGAAGGCUCAGUCAGGUGCUUGUGUGUGUUGUGACAGUUGAACAGCAGAGGGCGCUGUGUCGUCUGGGAGCCAUCAGUUGUGGCUUCCUCACCCGCAGACUGCUCCAGACAGAGAAGGUGAAACAGCUGCGCCAGACCGUUCAGGACACACAAGAGUUCAUCCGCUCGUUCCAGACUGAAGCUCCACAGAAGAGAGGUUCCAUAUCAGCACAGGACCUGUCUCUGCAGGAGAGAGUCAGGGCACAGUUGCGUGCGGCUCGAUAUGACGUCCAUGACAUCUUCUUUGAGAUGCCCCUGGAGGAGAGGCUGGCUCUGCUGCAGCUGGACAGAGAGGUCCGCACAGAGAAGAAGCUGCGAGAAAUGGAGAAAGCCAGGAGUCCUAAUGACAGAGUGCUGUCUGCUGCCACACAGAGGUCACUGGACAGGAAGAAGAGGGUGGGUGAGUCUCCAGGACAAGCCAGGAAAGUACAGAAGAAGCCAAAGAGCCCUCCCACUAACAGGAUCCUGAAGCCAAGUCAGGGUCAGAAUGCCUCAGUCCCAGGUCAGCUAAACCGACAGGGUCUGUCUGUCAGGAGCUGGUCCAGAAAUACCCCUGAGGACAGAGUGAGGCGCUCAGAUAGCCUGAAGAAGCAGAACUCCCUGGGCUAACUGGUUCCUCCCUCAGUCCCUCUAUGACCCCUCACUACCUGACCCUUGGCCACUGGGCCUUCUAUCAGCCCCAUGUUUCACUAUGGUUCGACCACCCCCACCACCACAACAACCACCAAUGCUACUAGUCCCUCUAACCUCCCUCUAACCUCCCUCUGAUGGUUCAGUCCAGUGCUCUCUGCCCAGGGAACACCCUACCAAAUGGAUUGUUACUAUACUUACACUGAUUUUUCUACUAUUACAAACUUAUGAACAGUUCAUGUAUUCCUUAGGUUUGAAUGCUGCUGUGCACUCUUGUGCCAAGAUAAUUAAUGCAUUAAUGCUGCUAGAUAGCUAUAUUUGCUGCUUAACUUACAAAGACUUUGUAGCUAGAGGCCUUCUGUAGUGGAUAUGUAGUAGGGACACGGACUCAUAUUGAAGCAUGACAAAAGUAAAGGAAGUAGAUUCCAUUAGAGGUUAGAGGUAUGGAUUGUCUUCUGACAGGUGGCGUCAUUCCUCCUCUCAUUUUUUAUUUAUUUUUAAAUUGAACCUUUAUUUAACUAGGCAAGUCAGUUAAGAACAAAUUCUUAUUUACAAUGACGGCCUACCCCGGCCAAACCCGGACGACACUGGGCCAAUUGUGCGCCACCCUUUGGGACUCCCAAUCACGGCCGGAUGUGAUGCAGCCUGGAUAACCUCAACAUAGUCGUCAACAUAGUCGUGGCGCUAUCUAACGUAAGACGAGAGGUUUGUGAAAUGUUAAACACACCGGCGGCUUUUCCAGACACACCUCAGCGAUAGAGAUCAUUGUGUGAUUACCUAGCUUUAACCCUUGCUAUAGUAGCCAUCACCCUCUGCUGGUAGUCACAGAAAGUUGCCAUGUAAAAAAAGGUAUUUUAAACAUACAGUAUUUAUUUCUUAAUAUAGUUUUUGAGUUAAAGCGCUCUCUCCCUAUAAUACAUGGUGCUGAACUCUCUGCUCUGUGUGAAGUCUGGAACAUUUAAAAUUGGUUUGUGUGUGAUGUGCAAUUUUAAAAUAUCAAUGUGUUUUGCUGCAAAACGUCAGGGCCAAAUGAAAGAAAAUGUACAGUUGAAGGUACUAUUGUCUUAUUUUACACUGUACCAAGAGAAACAUGCUUUGGUUUCAGAUGGUCUGUUUACCCGGCAUGUUUGAGCUGUAGUUGACAGACAAACCUAUGUCUCUGGAGAGUAUUUAGAAUAUCCCAUACAGAAAUGUAGCUGCCUUUCACAAACAAACAUGACUGAGAUAUCUGGAAUAUCUGAAAGCUGCCAGUGUAUAUGAGAGGAUUGACAGAGAAAACAUUAACGAUGAUAACCAAAGUAACUCACCAGUGUGCAGUAGCUAUAACAUCCUUAUCUCAAAGCAGUCUUCUUGUAGCCUGGCUGAUGCACAGGCCCAGGUGGUACACAGUGAGAGGAGAGCUUGUGCUACGUACAAACGCAUUAGCCAGGCAAGUCUUCUUUCCCCACCUAGGGGCUUAUGUAUCCCACCUAGGGGCUGAUGUAUCCCACCUAGGGGCUGAUGUAUCCCACCUAGGGGCUGAUGUGUCCCACCUAGGGGCUGAUGUAUCCCACCUAGGGGCUGAUGUGUCCCACCUAGGGGCUGAUGUGUCCCACCUAGGGGCUGAUGUGUCCCACCUAGGGGCUGAUGUGUCCCACCUAGGGGCUGAUGUAUCCCACCUAGGGGCUGAUGUGUCCCACCUAGGGGCUGAUGUGUCCCACCUAGGGGCUGAUGUAUCCCACCUAGGGGCUGAUGUGUCCCACCUAGGGGCUGAUGUAUCCCACCUAGGGGCUGAUGUAUCCCACCUAGGGGCUGAUGUGUCCCACCUAGGGGCUGAUGUGUCCCACCUAGGGGCUGAUGUAUCCCACCUAGGGGCUGAUGUAUCCUACCUAGGGGCUGAUGUGUCCCACCUAGGGGCUGAUGUGUCCCACCUAGGGGCUGAUGUGUCCCACCUAGGGGCUGAUGUAUACCACCUAGGGGCUGAUGUGUCCCACCUAGGGGCUGAUGUGUCCCACCUAGGGGCUGAUGUAUACCACCUAAGGGCUGAUGUAUCCUACCUAGGGGCUGAUGUGUCCCACCUAUGGGCUGAUGUAUCCCACCUAGGGGCUGAUGUAUCCCACCUAGGGGCUGAUGUAUCCCACCUAGGGGCUGAUGUGUCCCACCUAGGGGCUGAUGUAUCCCACCUAGGGGCUGAUGUAUCCUACCUAGGGGCUGAUGUGUCCCACCUAGGGCAAUCCUGGGUGGGAUACAGCAUACACUAAUGUGUCAUUCUGUGAAAGAGUUGGAUACUGACCCUGAGUCAGUUGCUAAGGGGAUUUGUAUAUUAAUAACUGGCGUAACUAUGUAUCUGCUUAAACAGCCCUACACCACCUUACAUGGCCUUUUGUAGCAGUGACAGAUUUCUGAUGUUGUUAUUGACUGGCUUUGAUUAAUUUAAUUAGCAAUUUGUGUAUUGAAUACAAAACAUUUUGUAAUUCUUUCCUGUUUACAGCCUGUGCUUGAUGUAUUUAUUUCCGAAUGACCAAUGAUAUUAAAUAUUGAUAUUUGAA